AUGAAGAAGGAAGUUACUACCAAACGCGAAUCGCUACUGUGGAAUUCGAAGGCUCUGAAAGGACCAACAACUGCACACACACCGCCCACACAUAUUUGUAUGCUCUCACGUGUUGCUGCAGUGAAGGCACCCCGCACACACAACCGUCGCCGCGUGACCGGAUCCCACGGAAGGAGGAGGGAAGGAAGAGAGAGUGAGCCGCGGAGGCCCCACAUGUCCCGGCGUGUGUUUGCUUCUGCGGUGCUGCUCCUCCUUUUCGCGUUGACGUGCGCCGCCGUGGGGCCUGUGCAGGCCCAAAGCUUUGGAACGAGAGUGUGCGAUUCCUAUGGAGGACGCAGUUCUGAGCAGUCGCCAGGGGAGUAUCGAGCCGCAAACACAGCGGCCGCUGGCCACAUUUUCCGCAAUCCCCAUCUUGUGAAUGUGGACGGGAUGCUUCUGGUCAUUGCUGGAGCUCAGUUCAAUGAAUCUGCGGGGAGCGGGAGUGCGUCCAUGCAGUUGAUGGCACGGAUCAGCAAUGAUGAUGGGGUGAAUUGGAGUCCGUACUCGAGACCUGGAGAUCUUGACGCUUUUGCUGCACGCCUUCACCAGAUGUUGUUUACCACGCCUUUCAUACUCUUCGGACCGCUUUUUGCAUUUGUGGAGGGCUACGACUUACGGAACGGAGCCAUAAUUCGGUUUACCGAUGGGCGGGGAGUAAGUGGUGUGGAGUCUGUUAUCCAUUUUCUGGGGACGGAGCCCGGACGAAGCGGAGGUUUGUCGAUGAGUUCCGUCUCUAUGAGCGUUCGCCUUCCUUAUCUCUAUCAACCCGGUGACAUGAUUGGCUUCCUCAACGAUGCCAGUACUCCCAUCACGAAAAUGACGGAUGGCACGCUCGUGUUUCCCGUGCAGUUUCUGACAAUGGGAGGGAGCACUGCGUCCACAGUCAUGUACUGGAAUUCCGGUCAACAGCACUGGACCUUUGCGAACAGCGCGACACAUGCGGGCUGCACCAACCCCAGUAUACUUGAAUGGGAGGCUGGGAAAAUUAUCAUGAUCACCUCAUGUGAGUGCGGCCGCAGAAGAGUGUACGAGUCGACUGACAAGAGGAAAACGUGGACGGAGGCUCUGGGGACGCUCUCGCGCGUGUGGAGCAACUCAUUGGCAGGUCUUGGGCUCCACAUUCAGAGUGGAUUCAUCACUGCAACGAUUGGCAGAAAGAAGGUGAUCCUCCUCACCCAGCUGGAAUAUUUCGAGGACAACCAGAAGAGCGAGAUUCACCUGUGGCUAACGGACACGAACCGCAUUUACCACGUUGGCCUGUUACCCACUGGGUAUGGCGCGACCUCCAGCUCCCUGUUGUACGCGAAUGAUAAGCUGUAUUGUUUGUACGAGGCCAGUGGUGGAAGCAACUCUGGAGCCUUCUUCCUGGAUCUGACGCUUGAGCUGCAGAAGAUAAGGCAUGCGCUGUCUACCUGGGCCGCAACGGACAAUGCCUUGUCGAGACAAUGCAGCUCAAUUGCCUCAGACGCCGCGCUGUCAAGAUGGGGCUGUUCUGUUCCUUUCCCCACGGCUGGGCUUGUGGGCCAUUUGGCCGAUAGGCUCCGUGGGGACAAGUGGGAGGACGAGUACCUCGGGGUGAAUGCCGUUGUGAGGGGUGCGACGAAAAAGGCUCCCAGUGGGUGGACGUUCGAAGGGCAAGGCGCGGGGGCCGAGUGGCCUGUGGACAAGCAGUGGCCGACCAGACCGCUCCACUUUGCAAACUAUGGGUUUACUCUUGCGGCAACGGUGUCGAUCCACGAGGUGCCGAAGGGCAUCACUCCCCUGAUGGGCCUGAAGAGAAUGGGGAAGACAACACUCCUGGGACUGUCGUACAAUAAUAAUAUGGAGUGGAGCGUGGUGAAUGACUUGUUCCCGAAGUGUUUUACCGCAUGGGAGCUGGACAAGACGUAUCACGUGGUGCUCAAAAUGCAUGACGGUAUGGGCUCCGUGUACGUUGACGGGACUCUCCUUUGGAAUAGGAGUCUGAAAAAUUCGUUCAAUGGAGGGCUGGACACGGUCUCGCACUUUUACUUUGGCGCGUACGAUGAGCAGUUGAGCAGCGGAAAAAUCCAUGCGACGGUGGCGAACGUCUUUCUGUACAACCGCCCGUUGAAUGAAACUGAGAUUGGUGCCCUCAACGCGAGUAAAGUCACCAUUCCACCUCCGGAAAGGAAGCCGGUGCCGGCGAAAGCGUUGACAACUACUUCCCCGCCCGUUGAACCUUUGACCACUUCGGUUACCACAGAGAUGCAGCCAACUGUGCCGUCGCCUGCUACUGCCGGACCACAGCCGACGGAACAGGCAACUUUGAACGGGAGCAGUGUUCCGAGUGGUGGCGCUCCAUCCACACCAGAGGAGCUCAAUGCCGCGACAUCCACACCAGAGGAGCUCAAUGCCGCGACAUCCACGCCAGAGGAGCUCAAUGCCGCGACAUCCUCAGCAAGGGAGGGAACUGCAGACCAGCUGGCAUCUGCCACAUCUUCCGAUGGACAUGAAGCUGUGGCAUCUGUUACAUCUUCAGGCGCCGCCAGUACUGAUGUUGGUGCUUCCUCAUCUGAUGAUGCACAAACGGUGGGGACGGAAGGUGGAGAUAUGAUGCAGGCAGAUCAACCAACCCAAUUCUCUGUGGGCACCCCCGACGCAGCAAAUGCAGCAACACAUAACGCUGAAGGCAAGGGACAAGAUGGGCUCCAUCCACAGGUCAAGGAAGCAGAGGCGGCGACACUCAGCAGCAGCCUUUUAAAUUCGUCGCAGUGGGAUAACAGCGUUGCUGGCACUAUGCGUGAGAGCGGACUGCUGCCGCUGCUUCUUCUGCUGUUGGGGUUGUGGGGGUUUGCGGCUGCGUGA